UCAUGUGGUUUCAUUGUUGAAUUUCAUCUUAUUUUUACUUGGCUUUAUCGACUAGCGGGGAGGUUUAAAAUUUGAAAUAUAUAUAGUCAGUUGUGUAGGAGACCGGUACUCGAGACUUUUGGAUGAAUGAGUGUAAAUUACGGCUGUUGGCAGAUUAACAUUAUGUCCAGAAUAUGCGUUUUUCUAUCACUUACACUAGCCGUGUUUGUUAGCAGCGAACACAAUACUCCAAUAGUGAUAUCAACAUGGAAUUUCGUCAAUUCUACUAUUACCGCUUGGAAUAUUCUGAAGCAAGGAGGUUACUCCCUGGAUGCUAUUGAAAAAGGAACAUCAAUUUGCGAGGAGCAACAAUGUGAUGGAACUGUGGGUUAUGGAGGAAGUCCCGAUGAAGAAAGUGAAACUACACUUGAUGCCCUUGUAAUGGAUGGGAGAACAAUGAAUGUUGGUGCAGUUGCAGCUCUUAGACGAGUGAAACAUGCUGCUUCAGUUGCAAGGCAUGUUUUAGAGCACACAAGGCAUUCCAUUCUAGUUGGAGAGUUAGCAACACAAUUUGCUGUGCAAAUGGGUUUCCAUGAAGAAACCUUGACAACAUCAAAUUCUAAAAGGAUGUGGCUUAAGUGGUUCUAUAGGGAUCAUUGUCAACCAAACUAUUGGAUGGGUGUCACACCUGAUCCAAGCAGAUUUUGUGGGCCUUAUAGCAAGAUAGAUAAUUUGGUUCACAAAAAUUACGACUGGCCGCCCAUGAUAAAGUUUGAUAGAUUUAAUCAUGACACAAUUGGAAUGAUUGCUAUUGACAAGAAGGGUGAUAUUGCGGCUGGGACUUCAACUAAUGGUGCAAAGUUUAAAAUACCUGGGAGAGUUGGAGAUUCACCCAUCCCAGGAUCAGGUGCCUACGCCGACAAUAGUGUAGGUGGUGCAACUGCCACAGGUGACGGCGAUGUAAUGCUCAGAUUUCUACCGAGUUUCCUAGCUGUUGAAGAAAUGCGGCGCGGUGCUUCGCCCGCAGAAGCUGCUAGAACAGCUAUUAACCGAAUAGCUACGCACUUCCCAGACUUCAUGGGCGCUGUAAUCGCCCUCAAUAUGGAUGGUGAAUACGGCGCGGCCUGUCACGGCAUGGAAGAUGAACCAUUCCCCUUCGUAGUUCAAGACGUAACAAUGCAGAAAUAUAAAAUAGAAACGGUCAACUGUUCAUGGCCUUUGAACUGAUUUUUUAUUCAUCUGUAGCCAAAUCUAUAAGCUGGCAAAUCUAAAAAAAAAAUACCUGCUAUCCUUUUCACAAGACUCUCGAUGGAUAAGGAUAGCAUUAUUUUUAAGAACUCUCAGUUUAGUAAUCAUUUAUGCAUAACUGUUAAUGGUAUGAGAAUGAACUAUUGAAUGAAUGAUUAUUAUAACACCAACUAAGCAACACGUCUACGUCCGUAGAGAAAUACGAUGCUGCGUAGAAACCGAUUAUGGGUGUGGGUUCAAUAUAUCUACCAUACUCUUAACAGGUGAGCCCACUACCAUCUUUGAGUGCAUCAUCUUACCACUGGCUGGGAUUGCAAUCAUGGGCUAACUUGUGCUGGACUGAAGUAAAAUAUCGCAAGUUUACUGACGACUUAUUAUUGUGAGAAUUAUUUAUUUAAGUAGGUACUCACCUGAGAUGAGGACUUAAUCAUAAUAAAAAUAUAUAUGUAAUUAAUUAACUUUUUUCUAAUAUUUAUUCUAUCUUCUAAGUACACAGACAAUUUUCUAAUUACAUUUUAAUUAAAGGUAUAUUUAAAAAAAAUCAUAAAGUCAAUGAGGUAAAAUGAAUAAAAAAAAAAUGGAUUAAAAAGAGAUUUUCUUGAAUUUCAUUAAUGGAAAGAUUGUUUGCUUAAAUGACAAGUAAGAAAAAAAUAAUUAUUUAAACGUUUUGCAGCAGCUAUUGCUGUUGCAGCUAAUGAAGUGCAUUCUUGUUUUAAAUAGUAAUAUUAUGUACUUACUUACCUAGUUGUACUAGGUGCAACGUUAAAUAAUUAGCGUAAUCGUCAGACGUCCUGCCCAGAAAAGCGGUGCAACAUGAAAUAAAAUUUUUAAAUCAAAUUUUGAUAAAUGCCGGUAUGUAGCCACCAGCCAGCGCCACCUACCGAUUCCAAAAUGUUUACAGGCAUUGAGAUCACAAGAAAAAAAAAUGUAUAAAAAAUUUAAAAGGGACACUGUAUGAAAAUAUUACUUGAAUUAAAUUGAGAAUAGGACUAUUCUCAAUUUAAAUUGGUUAAGCUAUUUCGGAAGAAUUUUACAACGACGAAGGCACGAGAUUUUUAUAUAAAUAGAUAAAUACCUCAUUAAGAAUACGCUUAAAGAAGCCAGGAGUAAUUUAAAAAAAAAUACCAAUUAAUGAAUUAAGAACGUACAGAAUUCAGCCAUUAUUGCAUGCAAUGCAUUUUGUCCAAAAACAGUGAAAACGCCCCG